UUGAUUUAGGUAUCCCCCAAAACCCCAACAUGGGAAGUUCUUCAUGCUGCCAUAGAGCCAAACGCCAGCCUCCCUUAAGCCAAGACCACCAGACCACAGGUAGGAAAAGUUAUGAGUGGGUGAAGGCUCAAGAGAGGAAGAAUAGGAUGACAGAGGUAUCGAAUGGGUUUGAUAGGAAAGUAGCACUUUCGGAAGGGGUGCCUUUGAGGAAGAAGGAUUUGAGAGUUUGGAGGAAAACUGAAAUUUUAAGGAUGGAUUUAUCUUCCAGGAUAGGAUCUCCGAAUUAUCCUUAUAGUCAUUAUAAGAAAUCAAGAAAAAGUACUAGAAUGGAUUGAAUAUCACCGAUUAAAGAAGAUAUAAAUGAAAUGGAAACUUCUCAAAAAGCCUUAGCAGCCCAACCAGGCCCAGUAGAUUUCCUCUAAUCCAUUCCUCCACAUUCUAAUCCCAACCUCAAAUCCAAGCAUAAAAUUUCCUCUGAAAAAUAAAGGAACGA